AUGUUUCAGGUGGAGAACUACACACGUGUGUCAGAGUUUGUUAUUGUGGGCUUCCCGAGUCUCCAGUCAGAGUAUUUUCACCUAGUGGCGUGGUUCUUCUUCAUUCUCUAUGUUACCACAGUGGUGGGAAAUGUCCUGCUGGUGAUGGUGUUUGCUUUGGAGCGCAGCCUCCAAAAGCCUAUGUACAUUACCAUGGUCAGUCUGGCCCUCUCAGACAUCGGCUUUACCACAGUAGCCUUACCUAAACUCAUUGCUCGCUACUGGUGGAAUGAUGGGAGUCUUGGCUUUCACACUUGCCUCUUCCAAGAGCACAUGAUUCAUUAUUUUGGCUCCUUGAACUCCCUGAUUUUAUUCACCAUGGCCCUGGACCGAUAUGUAGCCAUCUGUUUUCUUCUAGUGAUGACAAGCCAAAUCAUGACAGGCCUGACUCUUUUCUGCUGGGUGGUGGCACACAUCUUCUCUGGCAUUAGUACUGUCAACCUUACUAUGAUGCCGUUUUGUGGGCCCAACACAAUUAUACAAGCCUUCUGUGACACUUUGUCACUUAUAUCUCUAGUGUGUGGGGACACCAGCCGGCACUACAACACUGCUUUCGCUGCAGCAAUGUUUGUUCUUUACGUUCCCUUAGCUUUCAUCAUCUUCUCUUACAUUUGUAUCAUCAUCUCAAUAUUGCGCAUGGCCAGUGGAGAGGGCAGAAAGAAGACUUUCUCUACCUGUGCCACUCAGGGCUGUAUCAUAUCCAUCUACUACAUACCACGUUUUUUUGUCUACUCUACACCUUACUUUCCCAACCUGACAUUGACCCCUGACAAGCGUAUAGCCACCACCCUCUUCUACAGUCUAUUCCCUCCUCUGAUCAACCCGUUCAUCUACUGCCUGAGAACCAAGGAGAUCAAGGAAAUAUUCAGACGUUGGGUCCUGAAGCAACACGAUAUCACACCUGUAAAACAAAGCCAAACUGUCCCAGCCACCAUGUCACACUGUCGAUGAGCAUAAAAUGAAAGAGACUUUUGUUAUAUACUGUAUGGUAAUUGUGGUAUCGUGAGGUGAAAAUAAUAGAACUUAGGCGUCCAGGCUUCCAGUAUUCUUUACUUUAACUCACAGUUUCUAUACAGGGCAACAUCAGGUCUACAACUAUUUU